AUGUCGCUUUCCGUUGAGCAAAUCUCCCAAACUAAAACACAUCUUGUUAGACUGGCUCAAGCCGACUGUUUUCAAGACGAAAUUCGUGACCUUCGUCAAGGACGACCUUUGAAGAAGAGCUCUCCGAUAAGACUGCUGAAUCCAUUCGUCGAUACUGAGGGUACCUUGAGGGUUGGGGGGCGGUUAAAACUUUCUGAACAGCCAUAUUUAUUCAAACAUCCAGCCUUGCUCCCUAGCUUUCAUCCCCUCGCCAAGCUGAUAGCCAAAUCCUUCCAUUACAAACUGGUUCAUGGUGGCGGUCACGUCACCCUAUCGAACAUGCGUGAGGAGUAUUGGCCAUUACAAGGACGAAGACUAGUACGCAGCGUCAUCAGAAACUGCUACCAAUGCGCUCGAGCCAAUCCCGUUCCAGUCCAGCAACAAAUUGGUCAGCUGCCUGCCCAGCGGAUCACUGUCAGCAAGCCGUUUGCUGUUACCGGUGUGGAUUACGCCGGUCCAGUUUAUUUAAAGCCGAUCCACAAACGAGCUCAACCGACGAAGGCAUACAUCUGUCUAUUUGUCUGCUUCACGACGAAGGCAGUGCAUCUAGAGCUUGCCGGUGACCUCUCAACAGUAGCCUUCCUCAAGGCAUUCCGCCGUUUUGUAUCUCGCCGAGGUCGACCAGCACACCUGCAUUCCGACAAUGGGAAGAACUUCAUUGGGGCCAAAAAUGAGCUGCACCAAAUCUACCAAAUGCUCCACAGCCAGCAGGAGAUGGAAAAAAUCCAGAAAGUAUGUGCCGAAGAAGAAAUCAUUUGGCACUUGAACCCACCGAAGGCGCCUCAUUUCGGUGGGCUUUGGGAAGCGGCAGUCAAGGUUGCCAAAACCCACCUGUACCGUCACCUCGGGAACACCUUGCUGUCGUUUGAGAACCUGUCUACAGUUUUAGUAGAAAUCGAAGCUGCGAUGAACUCGCGGCCACUUGUUCCGAUGACCGAAGACCCGAACGACUUCUCCGUUCUGACGCCAGCACAUUUCAUUAUCGGAUCGACAAUGCAUUCCCUGCCCAGUCCCAACGUUUGCGACUUCCCAUGGUCGCGGCUUGACCACUAUCACCAGCUGCAGCAGUUAUAUCAGCAGUUCUGGCACCAUUGGAGAACCGAGUACCUCCAGGAACUCCAAAAGGACACCAGAAGCUGCCAACCAAACGCUGCAAUUACGCCUGGCAGGCUAGUGGUGGUCAUCGAUGAAUUCCAGCACCCAGUUCGUUGGCCACUCGCCCGGAUUGAGGCUGUCCAUCCAGGCGCAGAUGGACUUGUUCGCGUGGUGACGCUACGCACGCCGAGAGGAACCAUCAAGCGCCCAGUCACAAAGAUCUGCAUAUUGCCAACAGACCAAGAAGAUUAA